ACUCGCCGCGCCCGAAACCAAGCCGAAUCGAAGCACCGGCGGACGAGGCGAGGCACGAGGGGAGGGGGCCCCGAAUCCUCGAGGCAAGAAGAGGAACGAAAGAAAGCAAGAAAGCAAGAAGAGGAGCGAGAGCACGCAGAAAGAGGAGGAAAAGCUAUGGGGGCGACAAGGUUCUCGAUGGAAUGGAGGGCGAGGGCGAUGGUGCAAAGAGAGGGGAAUGCGGGACCGAGUCAGGAGGCGGAGGUGAUGGGAGAGGCGGGCGGGGAAGGAAGGGAUUUGAGCGAGGAGGUCAAAUAAUAAACGCAGCGCAGCAGCACGCGAACGAGAAAGAAAGGCGAAAGCAGGGAGCAAGGGGAGCAGGAGGCACGAGAAGUAAAGGGGUGGAGGAAAAGGGGAAAAGAGAAAGGAGAUGGGUGAGAGGAGGGAGGGAGGGAGGGGGAGGGAAUGAGGCGUCUGACUGCUUUAUCCGCCAGGUCCCCUCGCGCUUGCUUGCGAUGGCGAGGGGGGUUGCUUUUUUCAGGUGCUAGACAUCAGUCUCAUAGGUCAGUGUGAUCGAACUCUCGCUGAAAAGGGUUGCGAUCAGGUGGUACACACAUUCCCUAUAGGCUCGAAAAGUCUCUGCUGCCUCGCGUUGCUCUCACGACGGGGGUUGUAAAACCGAUCGGCGGUAAGAUUAUCCAGAGGAGGACAGGCGCUUGUCUGGAGUCCACAAAUGUUAUAGGUGUUUCAGCUAAGUAGACGCCUCAGUCGAAGACUUUUGACUCUACAGACCGAGCCAAAAGGAAUGGGAUAUUGAGAGACGAUGGACGACGAAGACCAAGUAGAAUAAUAGUUACCUGGCCCUGGUAAGAUGGCACGCGCGCUGUUCUCGAAAACUAUGGAUGGUCGGUUGGAAAUACGAGAAGAAGGGAGGGGGGGAGAGGAGGAGGCAGAGAAGAGGCGUGCCAUUGGUUUGCUGUUUGAGACCGACUGUUGCGGCGGCUCCAGCGGCUGCGGAGAUAUGAAAGCACGCGGUAUGACAAUUGCAAAAGAUGAGCCACUGCUUCCUUGGCUGCUGCGACUUGAACUUCACUUUGCUUCACUUCGACUAUAUUUGUCUCGAGCUUAAGAUCCCUCUACCGUCCGUCCCAGACCUGCUCGAGACUUGCCACCCAGUGAUGAACUCUUGGCAUCAUAUCUGGGCACCGCAACCAAUCGUUCUCUGUAGCUCUCCUGCACGAAUCCGGUUUUUCCAGUGGAUUCGACCCGAGAGCGCCGAUCCUUUCAGAGGCAACGCGCGGUCCGGGGAACGUCGAUAUCCGAACCCCACGUGCCAUGCCAAGUCUGAUUUGCGUCCUCCGGAUCAUAACAGUGGGCAAAAGCAACGCCCCUGCUCUUCUCGCAUGGCAUGGAGACCUCUGGAAGCAAACCAACAUGAUGCUCAAGCAACUGGGGAGCUGGAUAUGGAUUUCUUUUGUGAACACACGAGAUCAGAUAAAACUUAGUCCAACAUCCGAUCCUUCUGAUCCAAUCUCAUAACAUGAAGGUGAGUAAAAUCUCACAAGCCAUGUUCAUUUUGAGAAGUCUUCGAAUCUAUCGCAACAUGCACUUGAUGGACGAGAAGGAUUUAAAGAAGGAAUUCUAUGGCAUGCUGCUCGCACGAGUUCAUUAUAGCCAUGCAAGCCAUAGCUUGACUUCUGAUUCCAGGAAAGAUCUCCAGCGCCAAGUCAAAUGACAUUCACAAGCACUUGAGAGGAGAUCCAAUGUAGCAAUACAUGGAAUAUUUGUCAUGUGUUCAAU